GCUACCGCUGCAGUUUGCAUUUUGGCUUCUGUCGGAGCAGAAACUGUAAAUGCAAGUUGUGAGACACGCGCUGACGCCUUCAAAGACCGCGAGAAAGGAAGUGCUCGGAUGUGACCGGAGCGUUACAAAAGAUGAUGGGAGCCGAACCUAUCUUUAUGUUAUUGUGGUAAACUUACAGGUAGCCUAAGAUCCGAUGCCGGAAAACAGACGAUCUGGUCAAGAAUCGAAGCUGAAGAACAUGGGCUGACAGCAAAUAAGCACUUUUCCAGUGUAAACCUUGUUCCAGCCCUGCGGUGUUAAAAUAUACUCAGCAUCCGCAAAGGUCGAAUCCCAUGGGGGAUGGAGGGGCUUUACUUUGAAGUGAAACCCAGGAAGCAGCCCGACAAGAGCCACAAUGGUGGCAGAAGCCCCGCCCACAGAACUCUGCUCAAGGUGCAGGACAGGCCACAGGAGGAGGAGGAAGUGGAAUUCCAGUACGCCCUUCUCCUGGUGGGUUCACUUCCUGUGCACCCGCUGACCACCAUGGCCAUGCUGCCCUGGGUGGUGGCCGAAAUCCGGAGACGCGGCGGCAGAGCGCUCCUCGGUGGGCGCACGCCCACGCCCGCCCCGCCCGCCCCGCCCGCUCUGCCCGCCCCUUGUAACGAGCCGGUCCGCCUGCUGGUCUCUGCGCGCUCCGUGCGCUGUAUCCUGGACGCGAGACCCGGGCGCCCCUGGGACCCGCUGCACCACACCCUGCUGUUCCAGCACCGGCCGCACCGCGUCCACAAGCUGCUGCACAACAGCCAGGACUCCAGCUACUUCGGCUGCCUGACCCGCGAGGAGGCCCGCGGGGAGACCCGCUGCACCUGCUACCUGUUCCGCUGCCAAGACCACCGCAAGGUCCCUGAGAUCAUCAGCACACUGCGGCAGGCUGGGAAGACCUCAGCGCGGCAGGAGGAGGCCCCAGGGCCCCGCCCCCCGGACGGGGGGGCCCCCGAGGAUGAUGCCGCCGCUGCCGCCGCCUUCGCCAAGAAGUUUGAGGUGCUGUUCUGCGGGCGGGUGUGCGUGGCGCAGCGGAACGCGCCCCCCGCCCUCAUCGACGAGUGUGUCCUCAAGUUCCGGCACGCCGGCGGGGGGGGCCAGGCGGGGGCCUCGGCCAGCGCAGUCGCCCAGCUGAAGCGUGCCCUGUUCCCCCAGCCGUCUGCCAACGGGGCCCAGGACGCAGCGGGCGACGCGGGGGCCGGGGUUGGGGCCGGUGUGGGGGCCGGGGGCCUGAAGACGGUGUUCUUCCGCCGGGACCCCAGCUUCCCCUCGCUGCAGGCGCUGGAUGAGAACGGGGUGUCCCCCGAACUGCACAAGCAGGGCAGCAGCGCAGUGCAGCCCACCAGCAUCCAGGAGAACCGCACCAUGCUCUUUACGGUGGGAAAGUCUCAGAUCUUCCUGGUGAGCCCGGACACUAAGAAGGUGGCGAUGGAGAAGAGCUUCCGCGAGAUCUCCUUCUGUUCCCAGGGCAUCCGGCACGUGGACCACUUCGGCUUCAUCUGCCGCGAGUCGCUGGAGAACAACUGCCAGUUCGUCUGCUACGUGUUUCAGUGCACAGACGGGACACUGGUGGACGAGAUCAUGAUGACUUUAAAGCAGGCGUUCUCUGUGGCCGCCCUGCAGAGGAACUGCAGGACCCAGGGCCAGCAGUGUGAGAGCUGCCCCAUGCUGCAGCUCCACCGACUGUGUGAGAAGAUUGAAGGGCUCCACCCGUCCCAGGCCAAGCUGGAGCUGCAGCGGAGUGUGGCCUCCCUGGACAGCGCAGAGCAGGCCUCCAUCUUUGAGAGCACCAUGAAAGCCAGACCCCGGACAGAGCAGGAGGAGAAUGAGCUGGUGAUGUCCAGCCUCCGGAGUCUUUAUGAAGAAAAGCAAAAUAACCACCAGCACAGCCGCAACGGUGACCUCACACAGGCUGCUCAGAGUGUGGCAGGAGAGGCUCCCAGCGAGGGUCACAUGACAGGAAGCCGGCUGCGUCUGGAGCAGCUGAAGACUCGUGCAAAACGCUCACUCACCGAGUCCCUGGAGGGCAUCUGGAAGGGCAGCAGUCGGCACAGAGCGCAGCGCGAGAACAGUGAGGACAGCAGCUCCUCUGACUCCAGCAGUGCCAGGGAGCCCCCCCUGGAGGAGUCGCUGAGCUCCUUGCUCCAGCCCUCCAGCCCACUGAAGGCGCACUGCUCCACAGGGGACCUGAAGCAGCUGGACACCUCGCUCCACGACCCCCAGCGCCCCGCCCUCCGUCGCCGUGCCAACACCUUCAGCCACCUGCCCUCGCCCAGCUCUGCGGAUCCCUCCGCCCCCCCCUUGCUCCAGGACCCCACCGCCGCCUCCAAACCCAAACUGGUCCGGCACUACUCCGUCAGCACCGACACGCCGCACCAGAGCAAAGACUCCACCUCUUCCUUGACCGUGCCUCCUGCCUCCUCCCCCACCUUCCUUAGACCCCUAAAGCACACCCCCUGCCCUGAGCUCGGGGGCCGGCCCAAGCGCAGUCCUCUCUCCUCCGCUCCGCUUGGGACUCUUCGCGCGCGGUUGCGCUCCUCUUCCUCAGUGCCCAGCUUCCUCAGGUUUCUGCCGGUGGUGUCAGAGAGCAGCUCUGGGACCUCUCAGCCUGGCAGUGACGUGGCAGCUCUCUCCAGCCCCUCUGUGAUGGGUGUGGUCGGCGAGGACAGUCCGCUGCCCAGCCACAGGCAGUCCUGGAGGCAGCAGAUCUUCCUGAGGGUGGCCACACCCCAGAAGACGUGUGACACGCCCCCCCGAUACGACGACAGAGGCGGGUCCUCGGGGGAGUUGACUGGUCCUGGGGGCGGGCCCAACGACGGCUCCCUCAGGAGGCUGGCAGAGGAGAGGAGGAAGAGGAGCGGGGCGGAGCUUCGGGAGCUCUGGAGGAAGGCCAUCCUGCAGCAGAUCCUGCUGCUGAGGAUGGAGAGGGAGAACCUGAAGCUGCAGGCUUCAGAAAGCGACCUACAGAACAAACGUCUCAAGUUGGACUACGAGGAGAUCACGCCAUGCCUGAAGGACGUGACGCUGGUUUGGGAGAGGAUGCUGGGAACAGCGGGCCGGGCUAAAGUACGGUUCGACAGGGAGGCCAUCCACGCCGCCGUGGGACAGGGAGUUCCUCGACAGCACCGCGGGGAGAUCUGGAAGUUUCUCUCGGAGCAGUACCUGCUGAGUCAGCGGGUCCCCAGCCGCCCCCCCGGGAACCACACGCCCUACAAGGAGCUCCUGAAGCAGCUGACGUCCCAUCAGCACGCCAUCCUCAUCGACCUGGGCCGCACUUUUCCCACGCACCCUUACUUCUCUGCGCAGCUGGGCCCGGGGCAGCUGUCCCUGUACAACCUGCUGAAGGCGUACUCCCUGCUGGACACGGAGGUGGGCUACUGCCAGGGCCUGAGCUUCAUCGCUGGGGUGCUCCUGCUGCACAUGGGCGAGGAGGACGCCUUCCACAUGCUCAAGUUCCUCAUGUUCGACAUGGGCCUACGCAAACAGUACCGCCCCGACAUGAUCAUCCUGCAGAUUCAGAUGUAUCAGUUGUCCAGGCUGCUGCAUGAUUAUCACCGGGAGCUGUAUGUGCACCUGGAGCAGCAGGAGAUUGGGCCCAGCCUGUACGCAGCGCCCUGGUUCCUCACCGCCUUCGCCUCGCACUUCCCCCUGGGCUUCGUGGCCCGCGUCUUCGACAUGCUGUUCCUACAGGGUUCAGAGGUCAUCUUCAAGGUGGCCCUGAGCCUGCUGGGAAGUCACAAGCCCCUGAUCCUGCAGCACGAGCACCUGGAGGCCAUAGUGGACUUCAUCAAGACCACCCUGCCCAAUCUGGGACUGGUGCAGAUGGAGAAGACCAUCAACCAGGUGUUUGAGAUGGACCUGUCCAAGCAGCUGCAGGCGUAUGAGGUGGAGUACCACGUCCUGCAGGAGGAGCUCCUGGAUGCCCCCUGCACCCUCAGCCAGCAGCAGCGCUACGCCCACCUGGAGAAGACCAGCAGCAGCCUGCGGCAGCAGAACAUGGACCUGCUGGAGGAGCUGCAGGUGGCCCAUGCUAAGAUCCACAGUCUGGAGGAGAGUGUGGAAGGCCUGCAGGGCAGUGAGGGCCGGCUGCAGCAGGAGGUUCAGUCCCUGCAGCAGGAGCGCGCCUGGCUGCUGGACACUGUGGCCUCCCUCCGGGCACAGCUGCCCCAAACCCCGAGCCCCCACACGGGACCCCCCACGGGACCCCUCACACACCAGGACCAGCGCUCCCCACACUGAUUUCAGGGACAGGGGUCUGCUGUGCCCAGCCCAUGGUACCUCCCGUCCCAGUGACGAUGCUGGGGGCGUGGUUUGUGUCACAUGACCCAAAGACCUGAUGAGAGCCGUCACUGGAGUGCUGUCACCCCCCCCCCCCCCAGCCCUGACCUGAGCCCCACACACAUCGGGCUGGCAUGGAGUUUGAGAAGAGAGGGGGGAGGGGAGGGGGAGGGGUUUGAGGAGAGAGGAGGGACCGAGGGGGUGGGGUUUCAGGUAUUAU